AUGAUGCAUAAGGCGAUCAUCUCUUGCCUGCUUCUGCUAUCAACUGUGCAGGCGCAGCCAGUGGACACGGGCAGCCGCAAUCUUUUAUUCAGAGGCCGCAUGGCCAUCUCAGACUCCCCGAUCAGGUCUGCGCAUGACGCAUACAAGCCAGAGACAUCGGCUGCGAACAAGGACGAGAUACUAGGCAGAGAUACGUCGUGA